ACUCCCCUCCCCUCCCCUCUGCGCCGCCAUUCUGGUCCGGCACAGGUGGAGCAGCAGGCCGGCACUUCCCCUCCCGGAGAGGGCUUCUCAGAUUUUUCAGAUCGAACUUGGAGUUGACGUCCGAUCAACCAUGGGCCUCUCCCGGCGUUUUCUGAAUCUGAUCGUGCGAAGCCACGAGUCAGCCGUUAGAUCGCUGCGCUGCAUCGACCUGAAGCGCCAUCAACUCUUUUAUCCAACGAUACCACCACGAACGCUGCCGCCUACCAUGGAGACCUUUGGGCUUCCCUCUCCGAACCCCAACUUCCAGGCCUGCAGCGCAGAUGCUGUGGACAAGUGGGGAGUUGCCUGCUACACACUUGCACAAGGAAAGGUGCUCUGCACGGAUCAGUGUCGGCGCAACUUUCUCUAUGAUGCCAGCACGCACGAAGUGGCAGCUAUGCCCGAGUUCCACAGGCCUAGGUUGGAUUCCCUCUCGCUCUUCAUCCCCAGUGGCGAAGGCAAAGACGACGACAACUGUGGAGAGGGGGGCGACGAAGGCCAAGACGACGUCCGCGAAGAGCGCAGGGAAGACCAAGACCGACGUGGAGGCAAAGGCAGUCUCUUUCUGAUGGAGAAGAUUCUCAAACCGGUAACAAGAGGCGACAUUGGGCACCCAACCGGUGAUCUAGAGGUCUUGUUCUACGGUAAUGGCAAUGGCAGCAUAACGUCGCACUGCAAACUGUUGCCACCACCACCCGCCUACGACUGGAAUGCGCCUUCUAAGAUCGGUUCCUAUGCUGUGGUUGGCAAUGGUUCUCAUGUUUGCAUAUCCGUCGAUGGCAGAGGCACCUAUUUCCUGGACACGGCAAGGCACACAUGGGACAAGGUCGGCGACUGGACUCUUCCUUUCCUUGGCAAGGUUGAGUAUGUGCCUGAGCUUAAACUCUGGUUUGGCCUCUCUGCCGAUGACCAGCACUUGGCUGCUGCUGACCUCUCCACCACAGACUCCCAGCCACAGCUAGUUCACGGUUGGAAGGAGUUUCAGCCCCCAGAAGAAUGGUUUCAACUUGGAGACCCUCAACUUGUGAACCUUGGCUCAGGCAGAUUUUGCAUCGCAAGGUUCUUCAGAAAUGACUUUGAAGAUGUUGACUAUGCCCAGGAUGUUUCUGUCUUCACCGGUCUGGAGGUGCUCCCAUGUGAACUAAAUGGCGAUGGUAAAGUGAAACUAGAAAUGAUCCGUCACAAAUCGUUGUGUCACACCUCUAUUCCUGGCUGCCGAAAUUCCAUCCAUUUAGUGUUCUAAUGAGUCUGGGGCUUUGCUUCCAAACUCUCUUA